AUGGCCUCCUUUGAUCCGUCUGCUAAUUUUAACAUAAUUUGUGAAGACCUGGAUUUGGACAAAUUGCUUCAGGAUUUAACAGAAAACAACUUUGAAAUAGAGCCCAAACGUGAUGAGGAAAAUGUAAAUGUUGAAAAUUUCAUCGAGGGUCAGAAGAAGAAAAACACUAACCUAUCAACGGAACGAGAUGUAAGAAACUUUCAAAGAUGGUUGAUAGAACACAAAAACGAACACAGAUUAAUUCAGAAUGUUGAAGUCCCAGUCCUUAACGAGUAUUUAUCAGAAAUGUAUAUCAGUAUACGUAAAAGUGACGGAAGCAAUUACGAGCCUUCAUCGCUAGAGGCAAUGAAAAACAGCAUUGAGCGGCACUUGAAAGAUCAUGCAUAUCCUGUAUCUUUGCGAGACAGACUUUUUCAUAAAUCUAACAAAGCUUUAGCAGCAAAGAAACAGCAACUGAAGUCCAUCGGGACAGGUAGAAACAGUUACGCUAGCGAAGCUUUGACAGAGGAUGACGAAAAUGCCCUUCUAACAUCUGGGGAAAUAAGUUUUGAGAACCCUUCUUCCCUACAAUUUGGAGUGUUCUAUUAUUUCGGGAAAUACUUUGCAUUAAGAGGCCGAAAUGAACAAAGAAAACUUAAAUUUGGUGAUGUUCAAGAAAAAAAAGACGGUUCUGAAAAUAACUACCUAGAAUUUCAUGAAAGAAGUUCAAAAACAAUGGACGGAACCGGAAAAAAAGACUACAGAAUGACCACCCCCAGAAUAUUUUCUCCCAAUUCCGGACCCCCUGAGAAGGACCCCAUUGCUCUCUAUCGCGAAUUUGUUAGACGUCGUCCCGAGGAAGCAAAAAGGGAGGAUAGUCCGAUGUAUCUUACACCCAUCCCAAUGAAAAUACUUCUAGACAGUUCACUAAUAUGGUAA